GGCCCUCUGAGGAGGUGAUGGCCCACUACUGCCUCAAGAAACGCCACAUGUUCAGGGGUGCGGUGUGUGAGUUGGGAGGAGGGAUGACCUGUCUUGCAGGGCUCAUGAUUGCCAUUUGUGCUGACGUGAAGGAAGUUCUGUUAUCAGAUGGGAACGAGAAGGCUAUUCAGAAUGUGCGUGGAGUCAUCGAGAGAAACAGGCAGGCCGGUGUCUUUGGCUCCACAGAUGUUUCCAGCAGAGUGGUCAGGUGGGACUGUGAGACAGAUGUCACAGCGCUGGAGGGACACUUUGACAUCGUCAUGUGCGCAGACUGCUUGUUUCUGGACCAGUACAGAGGCAGCUUGGUUGAUGCAAUAAGGAGAUUACUGCGACCAGACGGUACAGCCCUGGUGUUUGCCCCAACUAGAGGAGACACUCUGGGGGAGUUCUGUCAGCUGGCCGAGGGGACGGGGCUCCAAGUCUGUCGCUAUGAGAAGUAUGAUGAACAGGUGUGGGAUCUCCACUUAAAGAUGCAGAUUGAAGGGAAGGAGGCAUAUGAUGACAACAUCCACUACCCUCUCCUCAUCACCCUGACCCGAGGAGCCAGCCCCACCCAUCUCCAUCUCCUCUGAGACCCGGCUCACCAUCCUCCCCUCGCUGCCCAGCCUCUUGCCAAUCAGACUCCCAGGGUUAGGGUUAGCCCGUCUAGCUUCCUGGCAGUCCUGCACACCAGUACUUAUGCCACUGUGUCCCUGGCUCACAUAGGAGUCGCGGUUGAUGAGAUACAAGCUUGGGGAUGAAUUGUUUGAUUUGUUUCCAGUUUAUAUUUCUUGUAUUAACUCCACUCACACUGUGGUGAGUUCAGUAUUACUAUUACAUAACAUUACAGAAUAGUUUUUUCUUGACUUUUGGAAGUUUUGUGGCAACGCUUUGAAGAGUGUGUGUUGUGAUGACGACAUGUUGUGUGUGGCUGAAUCGGUCUCUGAUCACUUGCGACCUUGUUACUGUGCAAUACAACAAUGUGCGAUGUGCAAAACCGAAUGGUGGAGAUUUCAGGUUUCCCUCGCAGCCUCAAUGAACUGAAGCAUACAUAUAGAAUCACUAGAUAAUGUUCUGAUGCGCUAACCAAGUAGUAUGCCAACAACGUUUAUGUAUAUGGUCAUACCGGACAGUAUCUUUCACUAAAAGUCUAUGAUGAACUUUUCAUUUAUUAAUCAACAGGGUUCAGGUCAUUUCGAUCCAUGCCCAAUACCCAUCCGAACAAGUGUUUCUGAACGCACAUCAAACUGAAAAUGUUCUUCUGAUUUGUCAUCUAUGCUCUGCAGAAGUGUCUUAAACCAAAGGUUACAUGGCAGGGUACCACAGAGUUGAAUGGCGAUAUGUGGUUCACUGUGAAAAGUGCUUCUCAGCCAAUACCUCUCUGGGGUUGAGUUUCCCAAAAGCUUCGUAGGACCCAGAUCUUUAGUCCAUUGCCUAGAAAGCUUCCAAUUGCCUCCAAUGUAUUUUCCGAGAUCUUAAUGCUGCGAAGCUUUUAAGAAACUCACACCUGGUCUCUUGCUCAAUGCGCUCAGCUAUAUAAGCCAAGACCUUCUACACUGUCUCCAGCUGAAACUGUGUUACUGUGAGAUUAACAUGAACAACAUGAUUCCACAAACUCACUGCUAUAUUUGACGUUUGUCCAUAAAACGCAAACAUCAAGUAUUAUUUCUACCCACCACUCAGCAUUAUGGUCUUCAGCUGGCUCUGGUCUACAGUUUGCUCUGACGCUGUGCUCUUUUACAUCCACCAACCCGUACUCUAACCACAAUUGUAUUAGACAUGGAUUGAUUGAUUGUUUUAUUAGAGUCUCAGGUGGUUUUAAUAACUGUCCAUUAAAAACAUCUUGCUAUAUAUUACAGUCCUCUGUGGCUACUUUUAUAACUAAUGUUCUGUUCUGUUUUAAUAAUAAUACCCUCCGAAAAUAACAUUAUGUCAUAGUUGUUGUGAUAUAAAAGUUUUAACCCUUUUUGGACCCCAGGAAGAGUUCAUGGGGAUCCCAAUAAAUA